AUGGAGUUAAAGCCCGAUUCCCUAACCGCUCAGCCAUCUGACUCCCUCCCUCACUGCCUCCCCACGACCACCAACAUCUCCAGCAAGUCCCCCCGGGAUGUGUGUGUGUGUGGUUGGCUCCAGGGUGACGUUCAGUGUCUCUCCUCCCCGCUCCCCUCCAGCGCCGGCGUGGGCCGCACGGGCUGCUUCAUCGUGAUCGACGCCAUGCUGGAGCGCGUGCGCCAUGAGCAGUCGGCGGACGUGUACGGCCACGUGACGUGCAUGCGCGCCCAGCGGAACUACAUGGUGCAGACGGAGGACCAGUACGCCUUCAUCCACGAGGCCCUGCUGGAGGCGGCCGCCUGCGGACACACGGAGGUGCCCGCCCGGGGCCUGUACUCCCACAUCCAGGCGCUCACCCAGGUCACGCCGGGGGAGGCGGUCACCGCCAUGGAGCUGGAGUUCAAGAAACUGGCCAACUCCAAAGCACAUACCUCAAGAUUCAUCAGUGCCAACCUGCCAUGCAACAAGUUCAAGAACCGCCUGGUGAACAUCAUGCCUUUCGAGUCCACGCGCGUUUGCCUCCAGCCCAUCCGAGGCGUGGAGGGUUCCGACUACAUCAACGCCAGCUUCAUCGACGGAUACAGGCAACAGAAAGCCUACAUGGCGACACAGGGCCCGCUAGCGGAGACGACUGAAGACUACUGGAGGAUGCUGUGGGAACACAACUCCACCAUAGUGGUCAUGCUCACCAAAUUACGAGAGAUGGGGCGGGAGAAGUGCCAUCAGUACUGGCCCGCCGAACGUUCCGCCCGGUACCAGUACUUUGUCGUGGAUCCGAUGGCCGAGUACAACAUGCCCCAGUACAUUCUGAGGGAAUUCAAGGUCACCGAUGCCAGAGAUGGACAGUCCAGGACCAUUCGUCAGUUCCAGUUCACCGAUUGGCCUGAACAAGGGGUGCCAAAAACUGGAGAAGGCUUCAUCGACUUCAUCGGCCAAGUGCACAAAACCAAGGAACAGUUUGGUCAGGAUGGACCGAUAACUGUGCACUGCAGCGCCGGCGUGGGGCGGACCGGGGUCUUCAUCACGCUGAGCAUCGUGCUGGAGAGGAUGAGGUACGAGGGCGUGGUGGACCUCUUCCAGACGGUGAAGACACUGAGAACCCAGAGGCCAGCCAUGGUGCAGACAGAGGACCAGUAUCAGCUGUGCUACCGGGCAGCUCUGGAGUAUCUUGGAAGCUUUGAUCACUAUGCAACAUAACCCAUUCCCAGAAUGCACCGGGGGUCCCGAAAGGAAUGCUGCUUGUCCCUACGGAGCCAUGAUCCACCCUGCUGCCGACUCGGGGUGGAGGCUGUGGGAGGGGUGAGAGGAGAGACGGGGAGGAAAGGGGGAGGGGCCGAGAGCACAAUUCUGACUGGACGACCUGCAGUAGGAACAGUACUGCUUGACUGGCACAAUAAACCUGCUUUAAACCCUUCACUGAAAUCUCCCCCCCACCACCCCCCCCCCCCCAAAAAAAAGAAUCAUAAAAAGCUUCAGUAUGCUUCAUUCUGAUGUGUGAACUGCACAUCACUUUAGCUCUUAUUUCUUCCUCACCUUAUAGCAAAAAGUAUUUUUCAGCUAUUUUUAUUAAUAUCAAUAUUAAUAUCAAUAUUACUAUUAUACCUAUGUUAUUAUUAUUUAGAUUUGGUUUUUUAAUCAUAUACACUGGCUACUGUAUGUCUUAAUGGCUCUUAUUUUAAAUUAAAUUGUAUCUCUUUUA